ACAUCAUCACUUCCUUCUUUCAUUCACUUCAAAACAGAGAAGAAAACAACAUGGGAACUUUGCAAAAUGGCUUUACCAAAUUUUCCAUCACUAAACCUUCUGAGAUUCCCCUCUCUAAUGGAACAACAAAUCACCUUAAAAACUUGCUAGCUGAAACUGAGGAUUUGAGUAACAUGGAUCCUUCUAGAGUUUUUGUUAACAAGGUUAAGCGCUUGAUUGUUAAGGUCGGAACAGCAGUUGUGACUCGGAGUGAUGGAAGAUUAGCACUGGGAAGACUUGGGGCUCUAUGUGAACAGCUUAAAGAACUUAACGUUCAAGGCUAUGAAGUUAUAUUGGUGACUUCAGGUGCUGUUGGUCUUGGCAGACAAAGACUUCGAUAUCGCAGAUUGGCCAAUAGCAGUUUUUCUGAUCUUCAAAAACCACAAGGCGAUCUUGAUGGGAAAGCAUGUGCGGCUGUUGGGCAGAGUAGUCUCAUGGCUCUCUAUGAUACUAUGUUUAGUCAGCUCGAUGUAACUUCCUCGCAACUUCUUGUGAAUGAUGGUUUUUUUAAGGAUGCAGGUUUCAGAAAACAACUAUCAGACACUGUGAGCUCAUUAUUAGAAUUAAGGGUCAUCCCCAUUUUCAAUGAAAAUGAUGCUGUUAGUACUAGGAAGGCACCAUAUGAGCACUGCCUGCAGGAUUCUUCUGGUAUUUUCUGGGACAAUGACAGCUUGGCUGGUCUAUUAGCACUUGAACUUAAAGCUGAUCUUCUUGUUUUAUUAAGCGAUGUUGAGGGCCUUUAUAGUGGUCCUCCAAAUGACCCAAACUCAAAGUUAAUUCAUACAUAUAUAAAAGAAAAACAUCAAAGAGAAAUUACUUUUGGAGACAAAUCAAGAUUGGGCAGAGGGGGUAUGACUGCUAAAGUCAAUGCUGCUGUUUGUGCUGCUCAUGCUGGCAUCCCUGUUAUUAUAACUAGUGGCUUUGCCACAGACAACAUCAUACGGGUGCUUCAAGGGGAGAAAAUUGGUACUGUCUUUCAUAAAGAUGCACAUCUGUGGAAAAACAUUAAGCAAGAGAGCGCACAUGAAAUGGCAGUUGCAGCACGUAAUAGUUCUAGACGACUUCAGGCUCUAAAAUCUGUUGAAAGGAGGAACAUAUUGCUGGCAGUGGCUGAUGCAUUGGAGAAAAACCAAAAUAUGAUAAGCCUUGAAAAUGAGGCUGAUGUUGCUGAUGCUGUGACUGCUGGAUAUGACAAGUCGCUGAUAUCACGUUUAACCCUGAAGCCUGAGAAGAUCUCUAGGCUUGCAAAGUCUGUGCGCAUGCUGGCAGAUAUGGAGGAACCAGUGGGUCGGAUUUUAAAGAGAACUGAGCUAGCUGAUAAACUCAUCCUGGAGAAAAUAUCAUGUCCUCUGGGUGUACUCCUGAUUAUAUUUGAAUCUCGACCCGAUGCUCUUGUUCAGAUUGCUGCAUUGGCAAUUCGAAGUGGGAAUGGGUUAUUACUUAAAGGAGGAAAGGAAGCCCGAAGAUCAAAUGCUGCCUUACACAAGGUGAUUACUUCAGUCAUGCCAGAUACAGUCGGCGGCAAACUCAUUGGGCUUGUGACUUCAAGGGAUGAAAUUCCGGAUCUACUCAAGCUUGAUGAUGUAAUAGAUCUUGUGGUCCCUAGAGGCAGUAACAAGCUUGUUUCUCAAAUCAAGGAGUCAACAAGAAUUCCAGUUCUUGGCCAUGCAGAUGGAAUUUGUCAUGUAUAUGUUGACAAGUCUGCUAAUAUUGAUAUGGCAAAGCAGAUAAUUAGGGAUGCAAAGACUGAUUAUCCUGCCGCCUGCAAUGCAAUGGAAACUCUUCUUGUACACAAAGACCUGUCGUGUAAUGGUGGACUUAAUGAGCUUAUCCUUGAACUUCAACGUGAAGGUGUUCAAAUGUAUGGUGGACCAAAAGCCAGUGCCAUGCUAAACAUUAUAGAAACGAGUUCUUUUCAUCACGAGUACAGCUCACUUACUUGCACAAUUGAGAUUGUUGAAGAUGUCUUCGCUGCCAUUGACCACAUAAAUAAAUACGGAAGUGGUCAUACUGAAUGCAUUGUGACAGAAGAUGCUGAAGUGGCUGAGACUUUCAUAUCGCAAGUUGACAGUGCUGCUGCAUUCCACAAUGCAAGUACACGUUUUUGUGAUGGAGCACGCUUUGGGCUUGGGGCAGAGGUUGGAAUAAGUACAAGUCGAAUUCAUGCUCGAGGUCCUGUAGGAGUUGAGGGGUUGUUGACAAACAAAUGGAUAUUGAGGGGGACUGGACAGGUGGUAGAUGGUGAUCGAGGGGUGAAUUAUACUUACAAAGAACAGCCACUAAAAGCAUAAUAGUCAUGCAGAAAACUAGUUCAAGCUUAAAUAUGCUCACCUCAUCAAAGUGGCAUCUCUUAUCUGUUCUAUUUUGAUAAGCAGAAGUUUUCUAGAUGCUGGCCAUACAUCUUUCCAGAGCCUUUUUCUUACCAGGAGCUAGUUCAAGGGGGGGUGAAAAUAAUAAUGUGAAUGUAGUUAUAUAACCAUGCUUUUAGUCAGUAUUUCAUAUAAUAUUCCAUGUUUGUAAAACAGCAGUGCUGCGACAGUUAUAAAACAUAUUCCCUACAUCCUAGUGAAGUUGAAUAAUUGUGGAGGAGUGUUAUUCUCCCAGUAAUUACUAUUAUAGAGAAUUGAAUUAUUUUAAGCAGUAUUCACGACUUUA